UUUGAGCUUCAACAACAACCAGUGAGGUUCAUUCUCGUGUUAUGCAGCACAUUUGAGCUUCCUUAAGAACCAAUGAGGUUCAUUCUGGUGUUACGCAGCACGUUUGAGCUUCAACAAGAACCAAUGAGGUUCAUUCUGGUGUUACGCAGCACGUUUGAGCUUCCUCAAGAACCAAUGAGGUUCAUUCUCGUGUUACGCAUCACGUUUGAGCUUCAACAAGAACCAAUGAGGUUCAUUCUCGUGUUACGCAGCACGUUUGAGCUUCAGCAAGAACCAAUGAGGUUCAUUCUGGUGUUACGCAGCACGUUUGAGCUUCAGCAAGAACCAAUGAGGUUCAUUCUGGUGUUACGCAGCACGUUUGAGCUUCCUCAAGAACCAAUGAGGUUCAUUCUGGUGUUACGCAGCACAUUUGAGCUUCAGCAAGAACCAAUGAGGUUCAUUCUGGUGUUACGCAGCACGUUUGAGCUUCCUCAAGAACCAAUGAGGUUCAUUCUGGUGUUACGGAGCACGUUUGAGCUUCAACAAGAACCAAUGAGGUUCAUUCUGGUGUUACGCAGAUCGUUUGAGCUUCAGCAAGAACCAAUGAGGUUCAUUCUGGUGUUACGGAGCACGUUUGAGCUUCAACAAGAACCAAUGAGGUUCAUUCUGGUGUUACGCAGCACGUUUGAGCUUCAACAAGAACCAUUGAGGUUCAUUCUUGUGUUACGCAGCAUGUUUGAGCUUCAACAACAACCAGUGAGGUUCAUUCUCGUGUUAUGCAGCACAUUUGAGCUUCCUCAAGAACCAAUGAGGUUCAUUCUCGUGUUACGCAGAACGUUUGAGCUUCAACAAGAACCAAUGAGGUUCAUUCUGGUGUUACGCAGAUCGUUUGAGCUUCAGCAAGAACCAAUGAGGUUCAUUCUGGUGUUACGCAGAUCGUUUGAGCUUCAGCAAGAACCAAUGAGGUUCAUUCUGGUGUUACGCAGCAUGUUUGAGCUUCAACAACAACCAGUGAGGUUCAUUCUCGUGUUAUGCAGCACAUUUGAGCUUCCUCAAGAACCAAUGAGGUUCAUUCUCGUGUUACGCAGAACGUUUGAGCUUCAACAAGAACCAAUGAGGUUCAUUCUGGUGUUACGCAGAUCGUUUGAGCUUCAGCAAGAACCAAUGAGGUUCAUUCUGGUGUUACGCAGCUCGUUUGAGCUUCAGCAAGAACCAAUGAGGUUCAUUCUGGUGUUACGCAGCACGUUUGAGCUUCCUCAAGAACCAAUGAGGUUCAUUCUGGUGUUACGCAGCACGUUUGAGCUUCCUCAAGAACCAAUGAGGUUCAUUCUGGUGUUACGGAGCACGUUUGAGCUUCAACAAGAACCAUUGAGGUUCAUUCUCGUGUUACGCAGCACGUUUGAGCUUCAGCAAGAACCAAUGAGGUUCAUUCUCGUGUUACGCAGCACGUUUGAGAUUCUGUUUAUGUUCGCUGAUCAAUGUUUAUAUGUGAAUAAAAGCCUAAAUUCAAACUUUUUUAUCUUGUAAAGCGAUCGAGUCUCUUCUGAAAGUUUGGACCAAACCACUCGAUUUAUAUCUCUUUAUUAACUUUUUGAAACAACAAAGUGGUAGUUGCGAAGCUAUCAGUGGAGGGACAGAAAUCUCUCAGAUUUCAUUUAAAAUAUCUUAAUUUGUGUUUUGAAGAUGAACGAAAGUCUUAUUGGUUUGAUGACAUUUUUUAUUUUUAGGUGAACUAACCAUUUAACUUGACUGAAAACUUUGUGUGUUGUACAGUGUGC